CCUCCCACUCCCAGUUAGAGCGCAGAGUCUGCAGCUGCUGAGCCCAGGGAAGAGGAGGCAGAGGCUAGAACCCUGUGCCCGGGAAGGAGCGCUGUCUGCGCUGAGGUGUGGAUGAUCCUGAGUGCGUUCUCUGAGUAACUUCCAGCUCUUCUAUUCACCGUCACAAUGCCACCUCCUUCAGACACCGUGAAGGUGGCCAUUCAGUGGCCUGGAGCUUUCCCAAAGUUAAUGGAAAUAGAUCAGAAAAAGCCUUUAUCUGCAAUAAUAAAGGAAGUGAGUGAUGGGUGGUCAAUUAUUGAGAAUCAUGAAGACCUGGCACUUCAGUAUGCUGAUGGCUCUGGAUUUUAUAUCACCGAAAAAAAUCGUAAUGAGAUAAAAAAUGGAGCCAUUCUGCGGCUGACAUCAUCACCAACUCACACUGCUCAUAAGCUCCAUGAGAGGAUCCAGUCUUCAAGUAUGGACGUCAAGCUAGAAGCGUUAAAGGAUUUGGCCAGAUUUUCACGAGAUAUUACUUUUGCUCAAGAAUUCAUAAACCUGGAUGGUAUUUAUUUACUUACACAAAUGGUGGAAAGUGGUACAGAUAAAUAUCAAAAAUUGCAGAAGAUUAUGAAGCCUUGUUUUGGAGAAAUGCUUUCCUAUACGUUGACAGCAUUUGUUGAAUUGAUGGAUCAUGGUAUUGUGUCCUGGGAUACGUUCUCAGUGGCAUUUAUUAAAAAAAUUGCCAGCUUUGUGAACAAGUCAGGCAUGGAUGUCUCUAUUUUACAGCGGUCUCUAGCAAUUCUUGAAUCCAUGGUUUUGAACAGUCAUGAUCUUUAUCAGAAGGUUGCUCAGGAAAUUUCAAUUGGACAGUUAAUUCCACAUCUUCAAGGGACAGAUCAAGAGAUUCAGACAUAUGCUAUUGCAGUAAUCAAUGCACUCUUCCUCAAAGCCCCAGAUGCAACGAGACAGGAGAUGGCCAACAUAUUAACACAGAAGCAGCUACGCUCUAUAAUUCUUACACAUGUAAUCAGAGCACAGAAUGCUAUUAAUAAUGAGAUGGCUCACCAGUUGUAUGUGCUUCAAGUAUUGACCUUCAAUUUACUGGAAGAUAGAAUGAUGACGAAAAUGGAUCCCCAAGACCAAGCCCAGAGGGAUAUUAUAUUUGAACUACGUAGGAUUGCAUUUGAUGUAGAACCAGACCAAAACAACCUUGGUGGUAGCAUUGAAAAACGGAAGUCUAUGUACACCAGGGACUAUAAAAAGCUUGGCUUUACUAACAAUGUAAAUCCGGCACUGGAUUUUACCCACACUCCUCCAGGGAUGCUGGCCCUUGACAACAUGCUGUACUUUGCAAAGCAUCAGCAGGAUGCUUAUAUACGGAUUGUGUUAGAAAACAGCAGCAGAGAAGACAAGCAUGAAUGUCCCUUUGGUCGUAGUAGCAUUGAGCUUACUAAAAUGCUUUGUGAAAUCCUCAAAGUGGGGGAGCUACCCAGUGAAACCUGCAAUGACUUUCACCCUAUGUUCUUCACACAUGAUCGAUCUUUUGAGGAAUUCUUUUGUAUCUGCAUCCAGCUGUUUAACAAGACUUGGAAAGAAAUGAGGGCAACUUCUGAAGACUUCAACAAGGUUAUGCAAGUUGUAAAAGAACAAAUCAUGAGAGCACUCACAAACAAACCAAGUUCUCUGGACCAGUUCAAGAGUAGACUUCAGAACCUCAGCUACACAGAAAUCUUGAAAAUACGUCAAUCGGAGAGAAUGAAUCAGGAGGAUUUCCAGUCUCGUCCUAUACUGGAGCUGAAAGAGAAGAUUCAGCCAGAAAUCUUAGAACUUGUAAAACAGCAGCGACUUAACCGGCUGGUUGAAGGAACUUGCUUUAGAAAACUGAACAGUCGGAGAAGACAAGAUAAGUUUUGGUAUUGUCGUCUGUCACCAAAUCACAAAGUAUUACACUAUGGAGACUUGGAGGAGAGUCCUCAAGGAGAGGUUCCCCAUGAUAAUUUGCAGGACAAAUUGCCUGUAGCGGACAUUAAAGCAAUAUUGACUGGAAAGGACUGUCCUCACAUGAAGGAGAAAGGAGCCAAGCAAAACAAGGAGGUGCUUGAGUUGGCAUUUUCAAUCAUGUAUGAUUCCAAUGGGCAAUUGAAUUUCAUUGCUCCCGAUAAACAUGAGUAUUGUAUUUGGACAGAUGGACUUAAUGCAUUACUUGGAAAAGACAUGAUCAGUGACCAAUCACGCCAUGACAUGGACACUUUGCUUAGUAUGGAAAUAAAGCUCCGCCUGCUAGACCUGGAAAAUAUACAAAUUCCUGAUGCACCACCUCCUAUUCCAAAGGAACCUAGCAACUACGAUUUUGUUUAUGACUGCAACUAAUCAUAAUUGCCUGGAACUUAUAUUUCAACUGGAAUUUCUACAACUGGAGACUGAAACAAGACAUAUUUCACUAUGUGUUUAAUUAAUUUAACUUGAGACAUUCCUUCACUGAAGUAUUUCCAAAUAUGAGGGCUUUUUAUCUGGGCGGUGUACUGGGCAUAUUAAUUCAAGAUGACUUAGUUUACACAUUAUAAAAAGACUAAUGCUAUAAGAGCUCUCAAAAGAGCAUGUCCAUGUUUCUAAUGCUUUAAAUAACACAAGGACAAUGACUCAGCUUUACGUUCUGGAGCCGUAGAAUGAACAGACAUUGUUGUUGAUGCUGCUUCUCAGUCUGAUCAGAGAUACAGGAGGCACUAGUGAAGGCUACUAAUGUUCUCAAAACUGCUCCAUUGCAAUUUCCACUCUUUUCUCUAUUAACCCCCACACUAGUUAGGUAGAUAUCUAGUCAAAUGGCCAGCUAGUGCAGUUACUGUGUCAGAGAGAGAAACUAUUUCCCUCUGGAGAGCUAGGACUACAUAUCAUAGAUUACUAAGAUGUCUAGUAAAAAAAAAUCAGUAUUAGAAGUAUUAAUUACUUCCUGACUGUCCUAAAUGUUUACAUUGUGAAUUUAUUUCUAAGAGAUGCUGGUAAAGGUUAUAGAGCAGGUGGAGGCUUCUACUACUGGUCACUACGGGCAUGUAGUUUAUAGGUGGCAAUAUCCACUUUCUAGCAGUAGAUAGCAUUAUUGAUGAGAAUUCCACCCCACCAUCCUAACCAUAUAUUGUUCAUAGCAGGUUUGUAUGGUUUCUAGCUCCGGAAUCUGAAGUGUUUUAUCUCAGUAUCUCAGUGUAUAGUAGGCUUUGAUUUCAGGAAAGUAUAUUGCAGGCUAUUUUAAUAAAAUAUGAACUAACAGUAAAUAUGAUAGUGAAGAAUAAGAUCACUGUGAUUUUUUUCUUACACACAUCACAUAUAACAAUCAAGCCAUGAAAGGACUUAAGUGGAGCUGCAAAAGAUGCUGACGGCACACUGUGUGCUAUCUGCAUCCAAAUGUCUGUUCCACUGUCCCACAAAAAAGAGAGAACAUAUCUUAUUGUCUGUUUUGCAGACAAGGAUGGGACAAUUCUUCAGGAGUUAAUAAAAAAAAAAAGGCGGUAUGCACUUGGCCGCUAUCUGUGUUUUACAGAUCUGCGAUUUGCAAACCAUAGAACACAUUCAGCUGUGGGCAUGGGACCUUAGGCUCGGUUCCCAUAUAGCACAAAGGAAUGCUGAUUUACAAAACCCCAUUCCCACACUGCAGACUUUAAGCUAUACUGUAGAUUUUCAAAUCUGCCGCAUUCUCUAUAUGUGGCCUAUUUGUGCUGCAGAUUGCACAAUGCAGAUUCUGCCAUAGAUUUGCCCACGAAGAAAGAUAGUUUUCUGCCAAGUGUGAACCCAACAUUAAAGGUUUUGUAAAUGAUAAGAAAUCUAUUCAGAAACAGUACUACACAUGUUCUGUAUCGGGUGUUGCACCUAAGCCCCAUUCAAAUGAAUGCUAUUCCAGGCACAGCCUAUUGACAGGAGUGCCACUAUUUUGGGGACAAAAAAAGUAGACCUUUUUAAAAUCUCGUACAACUCUGCUGAGGCAUUAGGGUGGAUUGUUAUGUGGUCAACUAAAUGUUCUGCAAAAGUUAUGACUUUGCUUUAAAUCAUCAAAUAAUAUGUAAUCCAAUGCCUUUUUCCUCAUAUAUAAAUCCCAUACAGUUUUUUUUCCAUUGAUUUUAUAGAAAUGUUGAGUAGUUUACUAACUGUUUUUUCCAACACAAGACAGUGUAUCAAUGCACAGAGGAUUUAUAAGUUGUGUUAAGUGUGAAGAUGAACGUUCACUGUACAUUUCACUGUGUAACUUCAAGGAUUUUCUAUUUAUUUAAUAUAUGCGAGAAAUGUCCUCCGGUGACAUGGAAAUGAUGUACAUAUUUAUUUCAAUUCAUAAUAAACUGUUUGUGGCUUUU